AUGACCAAGAUAGGCCCGACCAGCUCCGGUUAUCCUGCACAUGCUCUGUUCCCUAACCUUCGUCUUGGCGAAUCAGAUGCUCCGUCUCCGUACUGGCUCGGUCUGAUCGACCCUGGAGACAGCUCGCCGGUGAACGCAACCCAAGAAACGCAUUUUUUGCUUUUUGCACCGUUCUGCAUUCGUAUCCGCCAAAGUUCCACGUACCCCGACCGACCCGACUGUCUCUGGCGGAUGCCCGGCCAGACGAGCCUCACCGCCGACUCCAAGACUGGUCUACAGCAGCAUCCUAGCAAGAAGCCAGGUCCUUGUCGUAAUCUCGACAACUCAAUGGGUCCCUGGAGCGCCGGAAUACCUCCCGUGCCAAGCAGUGGAGUGCCCGAACCGUACGAGCCUUCCAGCUGA